UUUGGAGCUUUACCCUUUACCCUUUUUCCACUUUUAUAGCUCUGAGAAUGGAGAUUUAGCAUUUGGUUUGCUCCGUACAGGUACAAUUGGUAUGCGUGUGUAUAUAUGCACACACAUACGCAAAAGAAAAACUCCAUUGCCUCCUACAAUUUUUGAUCAUUCAAAAAAUUACAGAGGAUAGAGUCCAAGGGGAGGCGCACGCGGGAGCUUGGAAGCUAGAGAACAAACAUUGAAUCUGUAUUCUGCAUUCCUCUGCACCACCGCAUCUCUCUUCGAGUCAUGUUUCCAUUGUUGUUGUUGUUGUUGUUCUUCUUCUUCUUCUUCUUCUUCUUCUUCUUCUGCUGAUUUCCGAUAUACAGAUGGUGAAAUGCCCUUCUCGGCUGGAUUCGCUUCGUGCCCUCCAUGCUGUUUCGCUCAAAAGCUCGCUCUCUGCGAUCCCAACGAUCGACUCGACAAUGGGUUUCACUGAUUUGAAAGCUCUUCAGGGUUUACCCAUACUGGAAUUGAGUUCGAUCGUCAUCAACUUGACGCUAUUCCUGGUGUUUCUCUUGACGAUCUUGGCGAGACACUUGUCCGCCUGUCUUUGCAGAGCUCGGUUCAUCAAACACGAUUCUGUCGAGAACUCAAGUUAUGUGAAUGUUGCGGUCGACAGAGAAACUCAAGGUGUCGAAAUCACCCAAGGAUUCAAAUUGUCGUUGCUAUGCUGUUUCUACGUUCUGUUCGCGCAAGUCUCGGCUUUGGUGUUCGAUCUCAUCACCGCGACGCAGGCGACUGGCGAGAUUUCAGUUCUUCUCUCGCCGGCUUCGCAGAUUUUAGCUUGGCUAUUGCUGUGCAUAUCAGUUGUUCGAUGUAAAUACACUUUGUCAGAGAGAUUUCCUUUCUUGGUACGGAUUUGGUGGGUUUUGUCAUUCUUGAUCUGCUUAUGCGCUCUAUACGUCGACUCUAGAUCGCUCCUAGUUCAUGGCUCUAAGAGCUUGUCGUCACACGCAGUCGCGAACCUAGCCACAGCCCCGGCUCUCGCCUUUCUCUGCUUCGUCGCUUUCAGAGGUGUUUCAGGUGUUCAAGUCGUAACGAAUUCGGAUCUUCAAGAGCCUUUGCUCGUCGAGGAAGAAGCCGGAUGUCUCAAGGUAACUCCUUACAGCGAGGCAGGACUGUUUAACCUUGCCACCCUCUCAUGGUUGAACCCUCUUCUCUCUCUUGGAGCCAAGAGGCCGCUCGAGCUAAAGGACAUCCCUCUGCUCGCUCCAAGAGACAGGGCAAAGACCACUUACAAGGUCUUGAACUCGAACUGGGAGAAGUUAAAGGCCGAGAACCCCUCAAAACCGCCAUCCCUGGCUUGGGCGAUCUUGAAGUCGUUCUGGAAGGAAGCGGCUUGUAAUGCAGUGUUUGCCGGGUUGAACACCCUUGUUUCUUAUGUGGGUCCUUAUCUGGUGAACGACUUUGUUAACUAUCUGGGAGGACAAGAGACUUACCCUCAUGAAGGUUACAUCCUUGCCGGGAUUUUCUUCACGGCCAAGCUUGUGGAGACUGUAACGACGAGGCAGUGGUAUCUCGGUGUUGAUAUAUUGGGAAUGCACGUGAGAUCAGCUCUCACGGCUAUGGUGUACAGGAAAGGACUGAAACUCUCGAGUGUGGCCAAACAGAGCCACACGAGCGGAGAAAUCGUUAACUACAUGGCUGUCGAUGUCCAGAGAGUAGGAGAUUACUCAUGGUAUCUCCAUGAUAUAUGGAUGCUUCCCCUGCAAAUUGUUCUUGCCCUCGCAAUCUUGUACAGAAGCGUUGGAGUUGCAGCUUUAGCCACGUUGGUAGCUACGAUUGUCUCGAUCCUCGUGACUAUCCCUUUAGCACGGAUUCAGGAGGAGUAUCAGGACAGGUUAAUGUCUGCAAAAGAUGAACGGAUGAGGAAAACUUCCGAGUGUCUGAGGAACAUGAGGGUUUUGAAGCUGCAGGCUUGGGAAGAUAGGUAUCGGGUUAUACUCGAGGAAAUGAGGGGCACAGAGUUCAAAUGGCUUCGGAAAGCUUUAUAUUCCCAAGCAUUUAUAACAUUCAUAUUUUGGAGUUCGCCCAUAUUUGUUGCGGCUAUCACUUUUGCUACAUCUAUUGGCACCGGGACUCGGCUCACGGCCGGGGGUGUUCUCUCUGCUCUCGCCACUUUCAGGAUUCUCCAGGAACCGCUGAGGAACUUUCCAGACCUGGUUUCGAUGAUGGCUCAGACAAAAGUUUCCUUGGAUCGGAUCUCGGGAUUUCUGCAGGAGGAAGAACUGCAGGAAGAUGCCGCAACUGUCCUGCCUCGUGGUAUGUCGAACACAGCUGUGGAGAUCAGGAACGGUUGUUUCUGUUGGGAUCCUUGCUCUCCGAGGCCAACUCUGUCAGGCAUUUGUCUGAAAGUGAAAAGAGGAAUGCGUGUUGCUGUCUGUGGAGUCGUCGGAGCCGGGAAGUCGAGCUUUCUCUCCUGUAUACUUGGUGAGAUCCCUAAAAUCUCGGGCGACGUCAGAAUAUGUGGAACUGCAGCUUAUGUCUCGCAGUCUGCAUGGAUUCAGUCUGGAAAUAUAGAAGAAAACAUUCUCUUUGGCAGUCCAAUGGAUAGGGCCAAGUACAAGAAUGUUAUACACGCUUGUUCGUUGAAGAAGGACUUGGAGCUGUUCUCGCAUGGGGAUCAGACCAUCAUCGGAGAGAGAGGCAUAAAUCUCAGUGGCGGUCAGAAGCAGAGAGUUCAGCUCGCUAGGGCUCUUUAUCAGGACGCCGAUAUAUAUCUGCUCGAUGACCCGUUCAGUGCCGUUGAUGCUCACACCGGUUCUGAGCUCUUCCAGGAAUACAUAUUGACAGCUUUGGCAGAAAAGACUGUGAUAUUUGUAACUCAUCAGGUCGAAUUUCUUCCAGUGGCCGAUCUUAUACUGGUCCUAAGGGAUGGCCAGAUUAUACAGUCAGGGAAGUAUGAAGAACUGCUACAAGCUGGAACGGAUUUCAAGUCACUUGUAUCCGCUCACCAUGAAGCUAUUGAAGCAAUGGAAAUUCCGACCCACUCAUCAGAUGACUCUGACGAAAACCCGUUGCUUGAUAGUUCGCUAACACGAAUUCCGAAACGUGACACUUCCGCUAGCAACAUCGAGAUUAUAGCCAAGGAGGUUCAAGAGGGGCCAUCUGGGUCGAACCAGAAAGCCAUCAAAGAUAAAAAGAAAGCGAAGCGAAUGAAGAAGAAACAGCUUGUUCAGGAAGAGGAACGUGUCCGGGGACGAGUCAGCAUGAAGGUGUACUGGUCCUAUAUGGCUGCAGCCUAUAAAGGGUCACUGAUUCCACUCAUUAUCAUCGCCCAGACUCUGUUCCAGUUCCUUCAGAUCGCUAGUAACUGGUGGAUGGCCUGGGCAAACCCGCAAACGCAAGGCGACCAGGCGAAAGUGACCCCUACCAUCCUUCUCGUCGUGUUUAUGGCACUUGCAUUCGGCAGCUCGCUGUUUAUAUUUGUCCGGGCUGUUCUGGUUGCCACGUUCGGGCUCGAAGCUGCUCAGAAGCUGUUUCUGAACAUGCUAAGGAGCGUUUUCCGGGCGCCUAUGUCAUUUUUCGACUCUACUCCUGCUGGGCGGAUCUUGAAUCGGGUGUCAAUUGAUCAAAGUGUAGUGGAUCUUGAUAUACCAUUCAGGCUCGGAGGCUUUGCUGCAACGACGAUACAGCUUAUCGGGAUUGUCGGGGUUAUGACGAACGUUACAUGGCAAGUUUUCCUUCUUGUUGUCCCGACCUGCGUUGCUUGCGUGUGGAUGCAGAAAUACUACAUGGCUUCAUCGAGAGAGCUGGUAAGAAUCGUUGGCAUUCAGAAAUCUCCGAUAAUCCAUCUGUUCGGAGAGUCAAUAGCUGGUGCAGCAACGAUCAGAGGGUUUAGACAAGGGAAACGGUUCAUGAAGAGAAACCUUUACCUGCUCGAUUGCUUUGCCCGGCCUUUCUUCUGCAGCAUCGCUGCUAUUGAAUGGCUCUGCCUACGCAUGGAACUUCUCUCGACGUUUGUCUUUGCCUUCUGCAUGGUUCUUCUCGUCAGCUUUCCUCAUGGAACCAUUGAUCCGAGCAUGGCUGGGCUUGCAGUGACAUAUGGUCUUAACUUAAACGCUCGCCUUUCGCGGUGGAUACUCAGCUUUUGCAAGCUCGAGAACAAAAUUAUAUCCAUCGAAAGAAUUUAUCAGUACAGUCAAAUUCCUAGCGAAGCGCCCGCAAUUAUUGAGGAUUCGCGUCCUCUCCCCUCGUGGCCUGAGAAUGGAACCAUUGAGAUCACCAAUUUGAAGGUUCGAUAUGGUGAAAAUAUGCCGACGGUUCUUCACGGAAUCAGCUGCGUGUUUCCGGGCGGUAAGAAGAUUGGAAUCGUCGGGAGGACGGGAAGCGGGAAAUCGACGAUGAUACAAGCACUGUUCCGGAUGAUCGAGCCAUCCGAGGGAAGGAUAAUCAUAGACGGCAUCGAUAUCUCCACAAUAGGCCUUCAUGACCUCCGUAGCCGCCUCGGCAUCAUUCCCCAAGAUCCCACAUUGUUCGAAGGCACCAUCCGUGGAAACCUCGACCCUCUUGAGGAGCACUCCGACAACGAAAUCUGGCAGGCUCUGGAUAAGUCUCAGCUCGGGGAAAUAAUCCGUGGGAAAGACCAGAAACUCGAUUCUCCAGUGUUGGAAAACGGAGAUAACUGGAGCGUAGGGCAGAGGCAGCUCGUGUCGUUGGGACGAGCAUUGCUUAAACAGGCGAGGAUUCUUGUUCUGGACGAAGCGACGGCUUCCGUGGACACGGCCACUGAUAAUCUCAUCCAGAAAAUCAUACGAACGGAGUUCAGAGACUGUACUGUUUGCACCAUUGCCCAUCGGAUCCCCACCGUCAUCGACAGUGAUCUCGUCCUCGUUCUCUCCGACGGUAGAGUAGCGGAGUUGGAUAAACCUGCGAGGCUUCUAGAGGAUAAAUCAUCCAUGUUCUUGAGAUUGGUGACUGAGUAUUCCUCCAGGUCCAGUGGCAUUCCCGAAUUCUGAAACCCUAGCUCUGCGGAUAAACAUCUGACCCAGUUCCUGUCGGCGGAGGGAAAGAAUGUUCCAAGAUUCGUGGACAUUGGAGAAAAUCGCCCUGUGAAACUUAUUCUUGUUUAAUAAGGUUCUCUUUUUAGGUUUUAAUGUUAGUCUGUUACUUGUUCUACAAGCAAUCGGUACAGAGCUAAAACUGUUUUGAUCCUCCGAGAACGUAGGGUUUUUAGCCUGCUCUUUAUGUUAAUGGGCCAAAUUAUUCGGAGAGUUGGUGUUGAUAAAAACGACGCAGUUUCACUC